CUUUGCCCUGGAAAAUUGUCUUCAGCUAAGAAAAAAAUCUCAAGUCCAAAAGUCUAAUAGGAGUGAGAAUAGUUUGGUUUUUCAAUUGGGUUCUCCACUCUGAUCAGAAGACUUGUGUAAGAGUUCUGACAUCUCGUCCGUCCGUGUGUGUGUCUCUCUCUCUCUACUUCAUCUCUUAAGAAGGGUAAUUAAGUCACACAUUCAAUGGAGAAGCAAGUUGAAAAGAAUUUCGUAUGGGUGAUAAAGAAUCUCAGCAUCUGCAACCCUAAGCUGAGUCAUUCCGAUCCAUUCGUGAUUGCUGGCAGUAAAUGGAGUCUUGUUGCCAUACCCAAGGGAACUAACUUUGAGUUCUUCUAUCAGUAUAUGGGAGUUGCUGAUGAUUGUUGUCAGUCACUUACUUCUACAUGUAGAAGACAUGUAAAGCUUCGCUUAACAAUAGUUAAUGGGAUUUCUCAAAAACGCUCCCUUGUCACAGAUUCAGACAUCUACUUUGAUGAGAAUCUUCCCACUCGUCGUUAUCCAACAGUAGCACCCCCUUCCAACCUUCUCGAAAGAGAUGCCGGAUAUCUGGUUCGCGGACAAGUAACAGUUGUUGUUGAGGUUGUUGCUCUUGAGUUUAUUGGCACUUCAGGUAAAUCAGACAAGCAAAGCAUUGAUGUCAAUGGGUUUCAAGUUCUUCCAUCACAGGUAAAAUCUGUGAUACGUAUAUUUGAAAAAUACCCAGACAUUGCAUCAGAAGUCCGCGUCAAGAACCCAUGUUUGAGGACAACCUACAUGAAUGUAGUACUCGGAAUAAUUGAGACGCUGUGCCAAUUGCCUAUGGAGCUCUCUGAUAAUGAUCUGGAUGAAGCAUCCGCUUCGGUUUCGUACGUGGCACAAUGUGGCUUUAAAGUGGAUUGGUUGAAGAAGAAGCUCGCAGCAGUCAAGGCAAAGAAGCACCAGGCGGAUACUAGUAAGGCUUGUCUGCAAGACAUGGAGGAAAACAUGCAACUAUUGAAUGAAAAAUACUUAGAACUGAAAGGUUUGAUGGAGAAGGUGAAUGCGAGUUUGUUGGACACCAAUGUUGCUCUCUCUUUCAAUGAUGUUGUUUGAUGUUCUUUUAAGUCCUCCUUAACUUUUAUUUUGAUUUUUAUACUUGGUGUUUCUGGUGGUGUCCUGGCUCAAAAAUACAUAAUUACUCUUCUUUAAACUUUGGAAGGCUAUAUUAUUGUUUGUCGGAUGUUUUUAAACAAUAUUUUUCUAA